AUGGCCUUGCAGGCUGCUACGUCCGCUUUUAUGGUUGGUUCAGAAGUUUGGGUGGAGGAUCCAGAUGAUGCUUGGGUAGAUGGGGAAGUCUUAGAAAUUAACGGGGACGAGAUUAAAGUAAAGCGUACAUCAAAUAAGACGAUUGUGGCCAAGACAUCUAGCGCCCAUCCGAAGGACCCUGAAUUUUCUCCAACUGGUGUUGAUGAUAUGACAAAGCUAGCAUAUUUGCAUGAACCUGGGGUUUUGCAGAAUUUAAAAUGUCGAUACGAUGUUAAUGAAAUAUAUACCUACACAGGAAGCAUAUUGAUUGCUGUAAAUCCUUUUCAAAGACUGCCACAUUUAUACAACCUUCAGGUGAUGCAAAAGUACAAAGGGGUAGCCUUGGGUGAGCUCAGCCCACAUCCAUUUGCUAUUGCAGAUUCUGCCUAUAGACAAAUGAUCAAUGAAUCCAUUAGCCAAGCAAUUUUGGUAAGUGGUGAAAGUGGAGCUGGUAAAACAGAGAGUACAAAGAUGCUUAUGCGCUAUCUAGCCUAUAUGGGAGGGAAAGUUGACAAUACAGAGGAGCGGUCUGUGGAGCAGAAGGUCUUGGAGUCUAAUCCUGUUCUAGAAGCAUUCGGCAAUGCAAAGACUGUCAGAAACAAUAAUUCAAGCCGCUUUGGCAAGUUUGUGGAACUUCAGUUUGAUCAUAGGGGAAGAAUUUCUGGAGCUGCAAUAAGAACUUAUUUGCUCGAACGAUCUCGUGUUUGCCAAGUGUCUGAUCCAGAGAGAAAUUAUCAUUGCUUUUAUAUGCUUUGUGCUGCACCAAAAGAGGAUGUUGAUAAGUACAAAUUGGGAAAUCCAAAAUCUUUUCGUUACUUAAACCAGUCAAAUUGCAUUGCGCUGGAUGCUAUAAAUGAUGCUGAAGAGUAUGUUGCAACUAGGAGAGCUAUGGGUGUGGUUGGGAUGAAUCAGGAAGAGCAGGAUGCAAUAUUUCGAGUUGUGGCUGGAAUUCUACAUUUAGGAAAUGUUGAGUUUGCUAAGGGAAAAGAAAUAGAUUCUUCUCAGCCUAAGGAUGAUAAAUCUCGGUCCCAUCUGAAAAAUGCUGCAGAACUUUUCAUGUGUGAUGAGAAGGCUCUUGAAGAGUCCUUAUGUAAACGUGUUUUUGUCACUCGUGAUGAGACAAUUACAAAAGCGCUGGAUCCAGAUGCUGCAGCUCUCAGUAGGGAUGCUUUGGCCAAAAUUGUUUAUUCAAAAUUAUUUGACUGGCUUGUGGAGAAGAUAAAUGUUGCUAUCGGUCAGGAUUCAGACUCAAAAUUCUUGAUCGGUGUUCUUGAUAUUUAUGGAUUUGAGAGUUUCAAGACAAACAGUUUCGAGCAAUUCUGUAUCAAUUUGACAAAUGAAAAGCUACAACAGCAUUUUAAUCAGCAUGUUUUUAAGAUGGAGCAGGAGGAAUAUGAAAGAGAAAAAAUUGACUGGAGUUAUAUAGAAUUUGUUGAUAAUCAAGAUAUUCUUGAUCUUAUUGAAAAGAAACCCGGUGGCAUCAUAGCUCUUCUUGAUGAGGCUUGCAUGUUUCCCAGAUCAACGCAUGAGACGUUUGCUCAAAAGCUUUAUCAGACUUUUAAAGACAAUAAACGCUUCAGUAAACCUAAGUUGUCACGCACUGACUUCACCAUUUGUCAUUAUGCUGGUGAUGUGACUUACCAGACCGACCUCUUCCUGGACAAGAACAAAGAUUAUGUUGUUCCAGAGCAUCAAGCCUUACUGGCUGCUUCAAAAUGCUCUUUUGUUUCAAGCUUGUUUCCUCCUUUACCUGAGGAAUCUUCCAAAUCAUCGAAGUUUUCUUCAAUAGGUUCUGCCUUCAAGCAACAACUCCAAUCUUUGCUGGAAACUUUGAAUUCCACUGAACCACACUAUGUUCGUUGUGUAAAGCCUAAUAAUGUUCUUAAGCCAGCAAUAUUUGAAAACAAUAAUGUACUACAACAACUUCGAUGUGGGGGAGUGAUGGAGGCAAUUAGAAUUAGUUGUGCUGGAUUUCCCUCCCGAAAGCAGUUUCAUGAAUUUAUAGACCGGUUUGCCAUAUUGGCUCCAGAGGUUCGAAGCAAGAGCAGUGAUAAGAUCGCUGCUUGCAAAAAGAUUCUGGAGAAAAGCAACCUAGGUGGUUAUCAGAUUGGUAAAACAAAAGUUUUUCUCAGAGCUGGUCAGAUGGCCGAACUAGAUGGUCAACGAGCUGAGAUUUUGGGAAGAUCAUCAACGAAAAUACAAAGAAAAUGCUGUACAUAUAUGUGCCGCAAAAAGUUUGUCUCAUUGCGAUCAUCUGCCAUACAAAUUCAAGCUUUCUGUAGGGGACAACUGGGGCGCCAUCUAUAUGAGGGAAUGAGAAGAGAAGCUGCUAGUCUGAAUAUUCAAAAAUAUACUCGCAGGUUUAUAAAAAGGAAAUCAUACAAGAAUUUGUGGUUCUCAGCUGUUUCCAUUCAGGCAAGUUUGCGUGCGCUGAGUGCCCGUAAUGAGCUUCGGUUCAGGAAGCAGACUCUGGCUGCAAUUGUAAUUCAGAGUCAAUGUCGACGAAAAUUGGCCAAUAGUCGUUACCGUGGGGUAAAGGAAGCAGCACUUAUCAUACAAUGUGGCGUGAGAGCAAGCAUUGCAUGUGGAGAAUUGCAUCAGCUAAGAAUGGCUGCCAAGGAAACUGGUGCACUCCAAGAAGCCAAGGAAAAGCUGGAACAGGAAGUUAAACAACUUAAGAUGCAGGCUGCCAAGGACACUGGUGCAUUCCAAGAAGCCAAGGAAAAGCUGGAACAGCAAGUUAAAGAACUUAAGAUGCAGGCUGCCAAGGAAACUGGGGAAUUCCAAGAAGCUAAGGAAAAGCUGGAACAGCAAGUUAAAGAACUUACAAGCAGCUUGCAGACAGAGAAACAACUGAGGGCUGACCUCAAGGAAUCCAAAAAUCAAGAAAUUGCAAGGUUACAAUCUGCUUUGGAGAAGACACAAGUUGAGUUGCAGCAAACAAAGGAAUUGCAAACUGAGGUCUCUGUUACUAAUGACGAAUCGAUGAAUAAAUCUGCUUCUGAAAAUGAAGGGCUGAAAGAAACAAAAGAAUUGCCAAUCAAGGAAGGUGAAUCUGCAAGCAGCACUGCCGAACAAGUUACUGGGACUCAGGAGGUCCCUGUUAUUAAUGAUGAAUUGAUGAAGAAACUUACAGCAGAAAAUGAUCAGUUGAAGAAUCUGGUAAGUUCAUUAGAACAGAAAAUUGGUGAAACUGAGAAGAAAUAUGAAGAAUCAAGCAAGCAGGCUAUGGAGGCAGAGUCAAAGAUAAUUGAGCUAAAAACAGCAAUGAAGAGGCUUGAAGAGAAGAUUUUGGACAUAGAAACUGACGAUCAGGUUCUGCGAAAGCAAGCAUUGAUGAGUGCAUCUAGUUCUAAAAUGUCAGAGCCAGCUGCAGCAUCUUCACCUCAAGAAAAUGAUCAACAGGCACAAAUGAGUCCCGGAUCGUCAAAAAUAAAUUUUGGCAGAGAAGAUAGUAAAACAGGAAAGCAAAAGGAAAAUGUAGAUACUCUACUCGGAUGUGUGUCACAAAAUCUUGGAUUCAGUCAAGAAAAGCCUGUAGCCGCAUUUACAUUAUACAAAUGCCUUCUCCAUUGGAAAUCAUUUGAAGCAGAAAAGACAAGUAUAUUUGACCGUCUUAUUGAGAUGAUUGGCUCUGCACUAGAGGAACAGGACACCAAUGAUCACAUGGCUUAUUGGCUAUCGAACACCUGUUCAUUGUUGUUUUUGCUUCAGCGUAGUUUGAAAUCCUCUGGUGCAGACAAAUCUGCUGCUGCAACAUCAAUAUUUUCAAGGAUGACCCAACAUGAUGUUGUUCUUUCUCAGAGUUUUCGAUCAUCUUCUACCAAUCUUCCAGUUGGUGUAAUUCAACUGGUUGAGGCCAAGUAUCCAGCUCUUCUUUUUAAGCAGCAGCUCACAGCAUAUGUAGAAAAGAUCUUUGGAAUCAUUAGGGACAACCUGAAAAAGGACUUGUCACGACAUAUUUCUAAUUGUAUUCAGGUACCUAUGGCUUCAAAAACAUCUGAAGAAUUUAAAGACGACACUUCUCCUGCCAGUCACUGGCAGAACAUUAUUGAAUGCCUGAACCAAAUGUCGAGCACAUUAAAAGAAAAUUUUGUGCCCCCAAUACUUGCUCAGAAGAUUUUCACUCAAAAUUUUGCAUAUAUGAAUGUACAGCUCUUUAAUAGCCUUCUUCGGCAUCCAGAGUGCUGCACAGUUAGCAAUGGGGAAUAUCUGAAGUCUGGCUUAGAUGAAUUGGAAAAAUGGUGUGCCGAAACAAAAGAAGAGUAUGCCGGCUCAUCAUGGGAUGAACUUAAGCACACAAGGCAAGCAGUUGGAUUCUUGAUUAUGCCUGAGAAGUCGAAAAUAUCGUAUGAUGAAAUAACAAAUAACCUUUGCACCAUUCUGAGUGCUCAACAAUUUUAUAAAGUAUGCACCCUUUACAAUGAAGGCAACAACAAUGAAGGCGUUUCAUCAGAUGUAAGUCUGCCAGAUCAAAUUAAGUGA